UCACUUCUGCCAACCAGACUUCGUUUUGCCGUACUUACCUUCUUGCGACAACUUGUCAAUAAGCGAAAUGGGAGUGAUACAAAACGGCGCCACAUCCGGUGUAUUGCCGAGCAGUGAGGCUUUCGCCGUCCACUAUCCCGGCUACCCUUCUUCCACGGCACGUGCCGUUAAGACCCUCGGGGGCACCGAAGGAAUCCUCAAGGCUCGCAGUUCACAAUCGAACAAGUUGGAGCUCCGUUUCCGCCCGGAAGAUCCGUAUUCGCACCCGGCGUUCGGGGAGCUCCGUCCCUGCGACAAUUUGCUGCUGAAAAUAGCUAAGAAAGAGUCCAGUACUGAUGGUGGCCAAGUUUGCGCUGACAUCGUUGCUCGCAUCCCCGAGGCUUAUCACUUCGAAGGAAUGGUGGACUACCAGCAUGUUGUGGCUGUCCAUGCGGACGUUGCCAAGCGAAGGAAAAAGAGAAAUUGGGCCGAGAUGGAGGACCCACAUUUCGAGAAGGGCGGUCUGAUGGAUGUGGAUCAGGAGGAUGUUAUGAUUUUGUUGCCCCCGCUUUUUUCGCUUAAGGAUAUGCCUGAGAAUCUAGCGUUAAGACCACCGCCCACAUUAAGUUCGAAAACAAAACAAGAUGAAGUUGUGCAACAAGAUUGGAAGAUGGAUAUGGAGCCAGUUCUUGCAAUUGAUUUUAACAUUAAAGAGAUUCCUAAGAGAGUCAAUUGGGAGGGAUAUGUACCUCAAGGAUCAGAUCAAUGGGAGUGGCAGAUGCUUCUAUCAAAUCUUUUUGAUGAGCGACCUAUAUGGCCCAAGGAAUCACUGACUGAACGUUUGCUUGAUAAGGGCUUAACUUUUACAGUCGAGAUGUUUAGAAGGCUUCUGUCUAGGAUUGCAUACUACUUUUCAAGUGGACCAUUUCUCAGGUUUUGGAUCAGAAAAGGAUACGAUCCUCGCAAGGAUCCUGAUUCUCGCAUAUAUCAGAGAAUUGAUUUUCGUGUACCACAACCAUUACGAAGUUAUUGUGACGCUAAUGCAGCCAAAGGAUUAAAGCAUAGAUGGGAGGAAAUAUGUGCAUUUCAAGUUUUUCCUUACAAGUUCCAGACAUCAUUGCAGUUUUUUGAACUUGCCGAUGAUUACAUUCAACAAGAGAUAAGGAAGCCUUUAAUGCAGACAACUUGCACGUUUGGAACAGGAUGGUUCUCAUACCAUAUGCUGAAUUGCUUAAGACAGCGUCUUAUGGUGAGGUUCCUAUCAAUCUUCCCUAAACCUGGUGCAGAAAACUUACUUAGAGCUGCUUCUGAAAGGUUUGAAAAGUUAAAGAAGGAAUGCAACAAGAGUGCCUUAAAGCCUGGUGAAGUGCAACAGCAAACCAAUGCAGAAUCUACAAGAAAUGAAGAUGAGGAACCCAAUAAUGUUGAGGAAGAAGAAGAAGAUGAAGUUGACAAUGCUGAAGAAGAAUUGGAUCAAUACGAGGCACUUGAUCUGGCCGAAGAGGACAGUGAAAUAUAUCUGCAGGCACAAGCAUAUCUCAACGUGGAGAACAUCUCAGCAACCCAUUUACAAGAGAUAUUUGAUAGUUUUCCAUCAACUGAAGCAGGUGGUGAUAAUACACAUGAUGCAAAUGUAAGUGACGAAGAAUAUGAAAUAUAUGAGCCAGAUAGUGAUGACGGCUACUCUGAUGACAAUGACAGCUAGCAUCCAUAGUUUGGUGAAGCUAUAUAGAGGUUUGUUCCUGUAGCAUUUUUUUCCCCUCAUGGUACGUAGUUGCAAUACAGAUAUGGUUUCCAGCACAGUCGUAAAUUAUCAAAGGCUACUCCAUGCUUUGUUUUCUACAACUAAAGAGUUGAUGGGUAAUGUGUGUUCAUAAACAAAACAUGUGCCAAGUGUUGGGCAUAUGUAACAUUCCAAAUUAUAAUGUAGACACAACCUAGGUUUUUCAAACUUAAAUGUGCGUACUUGAAGGUUGGAAAUGGUAAAUUGAAUGGAAUACCAAAAGUUACUCUAAUUUAUACAUAGUAGACUAGUAGUACCUCGUAUGUGGAUCAAAAUUUCGAUUAGGGCUACGUCAGAUUUGAUGCAAGUAGAUUGGUUGUAUAGGUGUCUGUUUGUUUGAUCUUUCAGUAAUAUGGUUUAGUUCUGGAUUUUUACACCUUGGUUUGGGAUUUUUGAAUCAUUAUAACCCAUGGUAUUCUCCUACCACAAGUGAGUGCUUAUUAAAUUGAAUUGAAGUCUCGACCUCUUCCAAAAACAAAUGUGUGGAUCAAAAUCAGGUACAUGCGGUGUAGUUAAGAUGAAUUAUCUGUCAUCAGCAGCACAUUGCUUUCUAUGGAUGCAUAUCUUACUGAGUACGGUCAUAUGUUUCAUGUAGUAGUCAUGACUGUCUUGGCUUAAAUGUGAGUUGAAUUUUGAGAGCAGUCAUUUUUAUGCAGAAGUCUCUAGUUAGGUGUUUCCCAUGUGUACUACCUGUGUAUGUGCGCUUUGCUUAUUUCUAUGAAUAUAAUUUCUUGAUUACCUAUAAAAAUAAAAAUAAAAUAAAAAUGUUUUAUGCAAAAGUUGCUUUAAGGUUAGAAACAUUGAUUUUCAAGACCUUGCUUAGCCUAGGCAGCAAGGUAGGCCCAACUCCGGGGAAUGGCUUAUCGGCUAUGAGAGUAUUGAGGUUACACUUUUCAGUAUGAGUUUCCUAGUCUUGAAUUCCUGGAUGCAGUGUUGUUUACUUCAGGUAUUUCAUUCUAUUUGCAAGCAUUGGACACUGGAAAUCCAGCCAAAAAAAAACAUUGGACACGGGAUUGAGAAGAAAAAAGUAGUCUUUCACAUUCAAUCUGAUAUUACUCGAAGAGGCAUGCAUCUAGGUGAUCUUCAUGCUCUGUAUGUCGCACGCAUUAGGGCACCGCAGAGCUUAAGGGGAGUUGGGGCUGUUCGUGGGCCAGGGGCACGGACGGCCUUAACUCGUUCUGCAUGCAUGAUCCGUGUAUGGGCUUUGGCUCAAUUAUCUAUCUAUAAAGCGUUAAGCCUUAAUCGGCUCGGUAGUCAAGUAGUAGUUGUUUUACUAUUUUACCCUUGUUGAUUGUUAUCAACACUUUACUGCUAUUUGGUGAGGCUCUGGAGGCAGUAAGUAGUAGGAUUUUACUAUACAAGUGAUUGUAGGCGUGUAUGGGGAGAACCGACGAAUCAUUUUAACAAGAAUACAAUUUCUCUCAGUUUCUAUC